GAGGUGUGGACUACUGUGGAGUUAUGUGCAUCGGAUCCUUCACCAGAAGAGGUUUGAAAGUUGAAACCCUCCUCCAUAUUUCUCUCUCCAACAUAUACGUACGCUCAGGUAAAACCGUUUCUCUCUCUCUCUCUCUCUCUCUCUCUCUCUCUCUCUCUGUUGAGAAAACGUGAAAAAGACACAAUCAAGAGAAGGUCAGAGAGAAAAUAGUAAAGAAAAGGAGAAGAUGGUGAAUUUGAUGAUUAUAUGUCAUCAAAGUUGAUCAGAUCAGUAUAACAACCCAACCAUCUUUUCUCUCUCUCUUUUUCUUCUCAUCACUUCUUCUUCUCUCAUCUCUUUCAGGCCUUUGAGUUGAUGUGUUUUCAUCAAUUCUUCUUGUUGGCCACUACUAUUCUUGCAGUCUUUCUUACAUUUCAAACCCUUUUCUUAUAUUUAUGUAAUAUCUUGUUCAUCUUCAAUCUUCUUGUACUCUGAAUCAAUGGAAGAGAGACCCUAGGCGGGUAUAUGUCGAAUUUUUGUGGAGCUUUUUAAUUCCAGCUGAUCAGGAAGAUCCGAUUCAAGUGAUGGAAUUUGAUAUUCUGUUUAGAUCCAAAUUGGAUUUCUCAGAUCGAAGAAACCCAAUUGCCUCUUCUUCAUCUGAAGAAGAUUAUGAUGAUCAUCCACGAGAACCACCACAAGAAGUUAAAGAAGAACAAAAGAAAGACGAGAAGUGCCAAGGUGGUGUAUCUUCAUCUUCUUCUUCUUGUAAGGGAGAGGAAGCGGAAGAGGUCAUCGAUAAGAUGGAAGUAACAGCAGAAAGAACAAGAACGCUUGGAGGAGAAGAACUGGAAUUGGAAGACGAUGAUGAAGGGUUCAGAACACCAACAUCUUUGGAACAUAGAAUCCCAGUGAUACAGCAAUGUCCACCUGCACCAAGGAGACCCAAAAGAAAAGCUUCUUCUUCUUCUUCCUCUUCUGUCUCGCGCCGCCAACUCGUCUUUUUGGAUGUCUCUCAAGAGAUUGAAUUGUUGUUUCCAUUAGCUCUUCGACCCGAUCUUAACCGUAAGAUCAAGAAAAUUCGUAGAGGUGACGAUGAUAUCAAUUGAUAUUUCUUUCUCUUUCUCUCUCUCUCUGCUAUUUGUAAUGUGUUGUAUUCAACAAGCAGAAGAAGAAGAAGAAGAAGAAGAAGAAGAAGAAGAAAAAGUUGUGAUUUAUUUCGUAAUGGAAUUUCUGUUA